GGACGGCUUUCCCGUCGCUAGGGAGAGGGCUCGGUUGGAAACACAAAGAUGUGGCUGUAAACACCGAGACCGGGAAGGCGGGGGGAAGGUGAGGCUGCCUGACCAGACUCCUCUCCCGGAGCCCGGGCAGCAAGUUUUGGGGGAAGUUUGUGCAUCGCAGGGAAGGGGCUCUGCUUUCAAGUUGGAGGGGGCUAUGAGGAGUCCCUGCAACCCUCCUGAGGGGGUCUGGCUGUGAACCAAGCUCAACCUCCUUCACCCCCGGGGGAAUGGCCAACCCUCACAACAUCCAGUCGGCCACCGCCAAGAGUAUCCGGCCGUUCCGAUCCAGUGGGGAGUACCUGCUAGCCAUGAAGGAAGACCUGGCCGAGUGGCUGCAUGAGCUGUAUGGGCUGCAGCUGGAUGCCCAGGGACUGCUGGAUGCCCUGCAGACCGGCUGCCUCCUGUGCACCCACGCCAACAAUGUGACCAGAGUGGCCAGGGAUUUCUCCCGGGAAUACCCCCAGCUCCUGUCCAAGCUGAAGCUGCCCCACGCCGGGGUCACCUACACCACCUCAGCCCAGGCUGGAACUUUCCAGGCCCGGGACAACAUCUCCAACUUCAUCAGCUGGUGCCGCAAGGAGCUAGAGAUCCAAGAUGUGUUAAUGUUUGAGACCGAGGACCUGGUGCUGAGGAAAAACAAGAAGAACGUUGUGCUGUGCCUGCUGGAGGUGGCGAGGAGAGCCUCCAAAUUUGGGAUGUUGGCCCCGGUCCUCAUUCAGAUGGAGGAACAGAUCGAGGAAGAGAUCAGGGAGGAGAUGGAUUUGCCAUCGGAGACCAUCCCUCCGAGACCCAAACCACAGAAGGAGCUGUGUGAUUUCAGAAACUUGGAUGAAAUGGUACGUCACCUGGUGAGCCGGUGUACCUGCCCCGAUCAGUUUCCCAUGGUAAAAGUCUCCGAAGGGAAAUACAAAGUGGGAGACUCCAACACUUUGAUUUUUGUGAGGAUCUUGCGGAGUCUUGUGAUGGUGCGAGUGGGUGGGGGAUGGGACACCCUGGAGCAUUACCUGGACAAACAUGACCCCUGUCGUUGCACGUCACUCACUCACAAGCAAGUGUCCAGGUUCAGCAGCCCACACAGACCUGUCAAUCCUGUUCACCAGAUCAAGGUUCGCCUGCCACCAAGGACAGACCAGACAAACAAACCACAGACGGCGCUCAUUCUAUCAAGGUCACAAAGUCCCAUGCCUCCAGUGGAGUGGAGACUCAAUACGCCAUCUGCUGUCUCAACACGUGGCCGCAGUGCAGUUCGGCCCCCGUCACCCGAUGUUCACACCCCCUCUGCAGGUCAUUCAACCACGAGGACACCUCGGGACAAAUCAGAGCCACGGCAACUCUUUCACACCAGGCAGAAAGAUCGGCCAGUUACUCCUUCCUACCAGACGUCAGGGAACGUUGAGAGCACCAAAGCCAACUCCAACGCUACCACAGCAGCUCGAACGGGGCGAGAGAGGAGCAGGACUUUGCCAGCACCUUCUAAAUAUUCUGCGACCCGGGAUAACAAACACACCCUUGUGUCUCCAGUGGAUGCCAAAAAAGUACCAAGUCAGCUUGCUGUUCCUCAACAACCCAAUACCAGGUUGAACCAGACUUGGACCAGUGCCCAGUUUACUGAGUCUAGAGUGGACCAAAGUAACUCAAAUGAAGGCAAGCCAAGCACCAGUGCAGUUUCCCAGAAAUCCUCUUCUGAAAUGACCCCCCGAACUUUGAAAGGCUCAGUGCGGAGUAAUUCGCCUGUGCCCAGCCGGGUCAGUAAGCUCUCCCUUGUUCAAGUUGCCGAGAGGAGAAGUGACAAGGGUCAAGUGUCUCAUCGCCCUCUCAGCCCGGACCGUACCUGUCAAGAAGGCUGUUGGCAGGAGCCAAAGUGUGUCAGCAAGCCACCACACGAUGGAGACAGGACGUGGUCUCCACCAAAAAGUCGGAUGCGCUCGUGGACGCCUGAGCCUUACAGCCUCAAUAACAAUAAUAACAAAAGUGUGAACAGUGACAUGCGCGAGCUGUGUACAUACACACCUCCUCCCAUCAAUCCUACACAAGAGUCAGAACUCUACAAGAGCCUCGAAGAUGAAAUUGUGUCCAAUAUGAAGGCUCUGCAGGUGGGUCUACAUGAGGACAAUGUGGAGGGCAGUGAACCUAAUGCAUUUGCUUUGGCCCCCGGUCUGUCCAGUUCUUCAAAAUGUAAGCAACCUGAUUCUCCGACUUCAUCCAAACGUUCGGUUUCCUCACUCCCCAGUCUUUGUGAGAACACUAGUCGGCCUUACAGCUGUAUCAAUGUGGCGUCAACCCAGACAGGGAGAGUGACUGAGAAUGGCAGCAGUUUUAACGCUGUUCUGGCUGAACUUGUUAGUGGAACACAGAAACUUAAUCGGGUGGACAUUGAGAACUGGAUAGCAAAGGGCCCAAAGAUGUUGCUCACUAAAUCGAGUGCUAAUCCACAAGCAACAGCUUUGUCCUCUGUUGAAACCGUCACACCUUUUCCCAACAGAAUUGAAGUGAAAAGUGAAAGCUGUACUAAGAUUGGAUCAAAAUCUGUUCAGUGCAAUCAACAGACCAAUGACUUUAAAGGCACUAACCUCAAUAAUGUGAAGAGUCAAAUCAUGUUGGCUCAGAAUAAUUUGAACGCCGUUGAGGUGAAUUCCAGAUCCACAAAUGAAGGAUCUGAUACUAAUUCCUCGCUGGAAUGGAUAGAUCCACCCUGCACUCUCCAGAAAGCCAAAGCUCAACAGGAAAGACAAAAGCGGUCACUGAGAAAGCCGGAGAGAGUUCCUUCCAUCUACAAACUGAAGCUUCGCCCCAAGAUCCGGCCCAGGAGGGACAACCGACCUGAGAAGAAGCCAUCAAGAAUUCCCACUCCGUUAUCCUACAGAGAGGCAGACAAAACUGUAAAGGGUGUGACAAAAUCUGGAAACUCCCAGAAAUCCCACAAAGCCAACAGCAAGGUUUCGAAGUCCAAAGUUCAGGGAAGACAGAUCCCGGCUUUACAUUUCACCAAACCUGAGGAGGAUCUUGGUUCAGGAGAAGACUUUUGGGUUCAUCAGCGCAGUGUUUCGCCAAGUGACAGAACUGCAGCACAGCAAUCCAUUAUACAGGACGCUGGGCAAAGACAAGAAGAUGAGGAAUCUUGGGUUUAAAAGCUUGAAAGAAAACCUGAGUAAUAGCUCAACCUCAAGCAAUCUGUUUAUUGACCAUCAAUAUUUUAGUGUGUGUAUGUUGUUCCUCAACACAAACACUCCAUUGCAAGGCAGAAGAAACCGCUCAGCCAGGUCCACGGUCACUCUGAAAGCCAACACGUUUUAUAAUGAAAUUAAACCUGGUGAUAAUUGCAUAAGACAAAAGGUACAAAAAAACCAGCAGCGUAACAAUUGCACUAUUUAAUGCUAAUUAACCCAAUCGAGGAGAUGGCACACGCUCAUCCAGAAAGUGAUAAAAAGUUUGAAAGUCAAUCAAAGGGGCAUUAAGUGAAAGACAUUUUGUUCCUUAUCAAAUGACCAUCUUUAUACCAUGAUCAGCAAGAGUGAAUCAAUUAAAGUGUGGGGUUUCAAAACUAAUUGUUUACAAACUCUGAUUCGGUUUUGAUGUGUUUAUAAGUAGUUUCACAAAUGAUUAUAAUGAGCUUAUCACAAUGUCACUUGUUUUAUAGAUUUAUAUGGUGUCUUCUUUGUUUUUGAUCAGGUUAUUAAUAAUACUGUUUAUUCCCACUUGGUCAGAUAUGAAAUCCUAAUUUCUCCCCUGUAUUCAUAUUUGGAUAACAACCUGAAUAGUCCUAAUUCUUUGAUCUCGAGUCCACCCCUGACACACGAGUAUGUGAGGGCCAGGCCAAAUGGAACAUGGGGUUAUAUCAAUGAUCAACUUUAAAUUGAGAGCCCAGCCAUUCGGGGGUGGGAUCAAUGAACGCAUAAUCCUAACAGAAUUGGGAAUAGAAACUUGGACUGUGUCCACUACAAAACUGUUGAGGCUAAUUGAGCUCAAUUGAAAGCUCAAUGCUGAUGGAUAUUUGCUAGGUCAGAGUAUUAAGGAUAAUAGAACCAUGACAAGACAGGUGUUCUUAUACAUGAUGAUUGAAUGGUAGAAAUGGUUCAAAAUAAUACAUGGCUUGGAAAGGGUGGACGCUAGGAAAUUGUUUCCAUUAGGCGAGGAGACUAGGACCCGUGGACACAGCCUUAGAAUUAGAGGGGGUCAAUUCAGAACAGAAAUGCGAAGACAUUUCUUCAGCCAGAGGGUGGUGGGUCUGUGGAAUUCAGUGCAGCGGAGUGCAGUGGAGGCCGGGACGCUAAAUGUCUUCAAGGCAGAGAUUGAAAGAUUCUUGAUGUCAUGAGGAAUUAAGGGCUACGGGGAGAAUGCUGGUGAGUGGAGUUGAAAUGCCCAUCAGCCAUGAUUGAAUGGCGGAAUGGACUCGAUGGGCCGAAUGGCCUUACUUCCACUCCUAUGUCUUAUGGUCUUAAAAUGCUAAAUGAAUCCUAAUUUCCAAUGAUCCUAUGGCUUAUAAGUACCAGAUGAUUAUGCAGAAGCUAUGCUAAGUAUUAACAAGGGCUUGGAAUGAUGGUUGUGGUUAUUGGAUGAUAUGUUCUCUUGUGUUCCAUGUGGUGAAGUUGCUAACACACAGGACUUUGCCACAUCUAGUGCCUUAAUUGGAAAGCAACUGAGGGUUCAUAAUUGUGAUGCACUUACCAGUGGGAGAAUUGUUCACCAGUACACUGACCCUUCCUAUCCCGCACCAGAGACUUCCAAUUCUAUCGCAUCCACAUUUUACGAAGAAAUUAUUUUUGUUGCUGUACUGUUGCUAAUUUAUUUUACAGUCAAAAUAAUUUCUGGAAAAGGAGUAGACAAUCAUAACUAUUUUCAAUAAAGAGAUUUUUCAUUGAAACAUUUGUGUGACUUAAUGGGGUUUUAACAACUUGUUAAGACUUGCUUCAUCAAUUCCUCAGGCCGCACUGAUAAUGGGCAAUGUCAUAUUAACGUGCCAUGCUGUAAUAAUGCCCUCCUGCCACUUGAGGUGCUGCAGCCUCUCA